AUGGCGGAUCAACUCAACAUGGGCAACCUCAGCCUUGGGGGUGCUGGAGAGCCACGCUCAUACAUCCCUCCUCACAUGCGAGGAAAGAUGGGUGGCCCAACUCCUGCCGGACCUCCCAACGGUGGCCCGCCCCCAAUGAACGGUGGAAUCAACGGCAGUGCCUGGGCUGGACCAGCUGCCAGAAACGGAUACGCAGGUGAUGCUCCUCGUCCCGCAGGAAACUGGGCCAACGCCCCUGACUUCACUCCAGGUGCCGGUGGACCCCCUCCCCCACGUGCCGCUGGCGGAUGGGACAACUACUCUGAGCCAAAGGCUUUCAAUCGCAACGGAUACGGCAACCCAGGAGCUGGAGGUGGCAACACCGGUUCUGCCCCAGCUCGUGGUGGUGGUGAUGGACAGUGGAAGGAUGGCAAGCAUAUCGCCGGACCCGUAAACCUCCGCAUGGAGCGUGAGCUGUUCGGUAUCGCCGAUGAUCCAACCAAGCAGCAGACUGGUAUCAACUUCGAGAAGUACGACGAUAUCCCAGUCGAGGCUUCCGGAACCAACGUCCCCGAGCCGGUCCUCCGCUUCACCAACCCUCCUCUCGAUGACCACUUGAUCCGCAACAUUGAGCUCGCUCACUACAAGGUCCCAACACCAGUCCAGAAGUACUCCAUCCCAAUUGUCAUGGGUGGUCGUGAUUUGAUGGCUUGUGCCCAGACUGGUUCCGGAAAGACUGGUGGUUUCCUCUUCCCCAUCUUGUCCCAGGCCUUCAUCAACGGUCCUUCUCCAGCCCCAGCUGGAUCGGGAGCCAACUUUGGACGCCAACGCAAGGCUUACCCAACCUCUUUGAUCCUCGCGCCUACUCGUGAGCUUGUCUCCCAAAUCUACGACGAGUCCCGCAAGUUCGCCUACCGAUCCUGGGUUCGUCCAUGUGUCGUUUAUGGUGGUGCUGAUAUCGGGUCCCAACUCCGUCAAAUCGAGCGUGAGUGCCCCCUUCCUUCCCAUCCAUUUGAGCAGUACAGCGUUUCGUUCCUUCCAUGA